AGGGCUUUACCGCAGUAUCACUAGAUUUCUGCACCACUCAUCAAAACUCUGCGGCAUGCGGACAAGAGCUGGGGGAGGGCAGUUACUGGGUCUUCACUGGGUGUAGGACCGCUACCUCUUACUGCUACUGUACACUUCUGCAGUUAUCAUACAGGCCACAGUGCUGGUUCUACUUUAAUUCCCAUUCAUCUGCGCGUCAAUUACCUCUCUUCUGCUCAUAGCUGCGGAGGUACAGUAUCUCUCUCUCUCUCUCUCUCUCUCUCUCUCUCCCUCUCUCACUCACUCGCUCAUCCUCCCUCUCUCCCUCUCUCUCUUUCUCUCUGCUGUCUGGCUCUCAUUGCAUUAGGGCGCGUUCAUUAGAGGUUUAGGGUCCGAACUUCAUUGUAUGAGAAAAUGGCAAAGGAUGGAGAAAAAAGCGAGUGGAAGGAGUUUAUAUGGAACCCGAGGACGAGGGAGUUUCUUGGCAGGACGGCGAGCAGCUGGGGUCUUAUUCUUCUCUUCUAUGUAGUUUUCUACAUCUUCCUGGCUGGCAUGUUUGCACUCACCAUGUACGUCAUGCUGCAGACCUUGGAUGACCACAAACCAACGUGGCAAGACAGGCUCUCCACACCAGGCAUGGUGAUUAGACCCAAAGCAGAUGAGACCUUUGAGAUUGUCUAUAACAUCCAUAACACUGAGAGCUGGGACAUGUACGCUCAGGCCCUGGACAAGUUCCUGUCACCCUACAACAACUCCGUCCAGGCCCAGAAAAAUGACGAGUGCACCCCAGACCAGUACUUCGUGCAGGAGGACAGUGGCGAUGUGAAGAACAACCCGAAGCGCUCCUGUCAGUUCAACCGCACAAUUCUGGAGGACUGCUCUGGAAUGAAUGACCGUUACUAUGGAUACGAGUCGGGCAAACCAUGCAUCAUCAUCAAGCUGAAUCGGGUGAUUGGGAUGCUGCCAGGAAAGGAUGGACAGGCUCCGUAUGUCACCUGUGGUGCAAAGAGAGAAGACACUGAAAAAAUUGGAGAGCUGCUGUACUUCCCUCCAAAUGGCACUUUCAACCUUAUGUACUACCCUUACUAUGGCAAGAAAGCUCAGGUGAACUACUCUCAGCCUUUGGUUGCCGUCAAGUUCCUUAACAUUACUGCCAAUCAAGAUGUCAACAUCGAGUGCAAGAUCAACGCCAACAACAUUCCCAUCGGAAGUGAAAGAGACAAGUUUGCUGGAAGAGUGUCUUUCAAGCUGAGGAUCAACACUAAUAACUAGGUUGACCUUUUUCCUCUCCUGAAAACUACUGUCUUCAUUCUCUGCAACACUGCACAUACACAGAAAAAAAUCUCAGUAUUCACACCCUUUUUAGGAUUUGUUUACAACCCCCCCCCCCCAAAUUUUGGGCUAGUCUAGUCAUGUGAAGAGGUGAGGCGAGAAUAAAAGGGUGGUAAUCCUGUCAUUAUUUCUGUUUGUGAGCUUUGGGAAGAAUUAUUUUCUGUAAAUUAGUUUGAGAUGACGUCUAUUUAUACUGCAUGACAAACUAGGGGAUGUAAAGGAUGUGAAGGAUGUGUUUUCAAAGUUUGCAAGGAUCAGCAACAUUAUCACUUUAUUGCUGCUCCCCUCCUGCUGCCUCCUUAUAGAGUAUCCCUCUAUAUAUGAAUAUACACAAGUUACAAUCCAAAAUGUGUAUAUCUACAGUAUUUAUACGGUAUCAUAACCUUAUAUCAGUACGUCUAUUUUGUUGCACUUAAAAGAAUAAUCCAACAGACUCGCAUAUAUCUUGAUGGAUGGAUGCAGAGAUGAAGCCAUUUUGCAUGUGUGUAUUGUCUUUAGUGUGCUAUGAGGGCAGGAGGCCCCUGUGUCCCACCUCUCUACUAAGUGUGAAAUAAGGUUAUAUGUAAGCCACUGACCACCAGGGGGGACCACACUGUAGUCUACUAAACCUCACGCACAGCAAGUGUGUGUUUCUACAACAACAUACAGUUACGAUAGGCAUCUCCAAAGUUACAGUAGAGGUCAAAACCUUUAAGAGUGUGUGUGCGUGUGUGUGUGUGUGUGUGUGUGUGUGUGUGUGUGUGUGUGUGUGUGUGUGUGUUUGCGUGUGUUCCACUCACAUUAAUUUCAUACUGUAGGUCGGGAAGUUGCAUGCAAUGUGCAAUAUUCAUUAAGUGGCGUACACUAUGAAUGCUUGAGUCCAUUCUUUAGAUGAAGACUUCCAUUAAAUAAUUAUUUGGGGGUCAUUUGAUAUUCACAUUGGUUGUUUGACCUGAGAGCAAUUUAUAAAGCAAAUGUGAUUCACAUUUGGGAUGCCAAAUUAAUUAUGAUAGGAGGCAGUACAUCAGUCGUGUCUCAGAUGUCUUACCUCACAGUAAGUUGACAAAAACAUGAUUUCUUUGGCCCCAAAACUCAGUCAGUUAGCUCAAACAACCACCUGAAUGUCAAAUGAAAACAGCAAGAAGGAUCCUCCCGCUGCGCAAUGACGUUACACUCUCUGUCACUGUGUCCUAAAGUUAAACCAACAGCCAUUUUCUAGUGUCUCAGUUAACAUGAAUAUUUAGAGGGUUUUUUUGCGUGUGUUGCAUCUAUUUCAUAUAUCAGGAAUAGAUGCCUUUGUCAUAUUUUGUAUUGAUUUGCACUGGAAGUGUGCUUUUUUCUUUUUUUGUGAAACUGAAUUAAUUAAUGUACAUUUUUGGAGGAAUGGGAUCUAGAAAUGUUGUGUUUGCUCCCUUUGUUUCAUUCAUACUCAUUAUCAUCCUCUAAAAUAUUCAUCCAGGAUAUCAAAAUGUAUAGUUUCCAUAUUCUUUUUAAGGUGACAAUAGUCUUGAAUAUGAGUUGUUAGUGCGUCAGAGCUUUGUUUUAUGGGUCUGUAGGAAAUGAUCAGAAAUGGAGAUUUGUUUCCUUGACCACCUAGAAGGAUAUUUAUUUUUCAUUUAAUUUGUUUUUUGUUGUCAUGUUCUCCACUGUUUUUAAUCAGUCUGAAGGCAAAGCCAUCCUUUUAACUAGAUAACCAGUUUGAACAACCAACCUCAUGAAAAAAAAAAAGUCAUAGAUUAGGCCUGAAUUUGGUGCUGGAGCUGUUUACUUAACGUGCAUUCAUUGUGCAGUGCAGGCACACAAAAUUGUAAGAAACACCUGCAAAUAUUGGCUAGAGAAAUCAGUGGAGUCACACUUUUAAACUCAGGCACAUUAUUUUGGCUCGGCCACAAACUUGUACCAAUGCGACUGUGAUUCUGCCAUGUCAUCGCAGCAAAUGUGGAACACAAGCAUCUGUUCACUCACAUUAAGGUCUGGCUCGACUCCACCACUCAAUUUCUCUCAGAGCAGCGUGUUUCUCAGUAUGCUCGCAAAUGCAUCCCAGUGGUCUAAAUAGGAACUCAUUAUCUGAUCCAGACUUGACAAAGAAUGAAAGAAAGACAAUUACAUCUAAUGUGAUUGUCAUCUCAUUCAUGAUGAAGGAUGUGCUCUAACAGUCACUUUUCUCUUUGCUUUUUGAGACAGUCCACUGACCAAUUCACAUGCAUUUCUCCUCUGGGACUCCUGCAACACUUACUUAAUUUCACUGUAAUCUCUUAAUCUGGUCGGCUAAUCCAGAACAAGCACGCUGAACUUCUUUACCCUACUUUGUCGCUCCUCCUCCUCCUUGUGUUGAACGCCUGAUUCACUCUCAACGUCCUCAAAACGGAUAAAGCAACAUUUCUUAACUCCUCAUUUAAUUUCCCCCCCAACGCAUUCAAGCCUAUUUUACCCUAAUCACUAAUAAAUUAAUUGAAGUCCUUUUAAAUCACAAUGCAGCUAAAUAAAAUGUGCUUCAUCAUUUAAUUGGACAUUCUUGUUUCACUCAUGUGCAUGUGAAGAUUAGUUCUUCAACCAAAGAUCUUCAUGACAGUUUAAAUUUUAUUUAUUUGUGCUGCACUGACACAUCCUCAGCAUCAGAUCCGAGUAAGGAUCUCAUGCAGGUGGAGGGCUGAACACCCUGUGUUAUUAAAAGGCCUACUCUUAUAUAAUACGCACAAAAGGAACAUGUUUCACUACAACAUAACAGUGCCUCCUGGUGGACAGACUGUGUUGUUCCCCCAGUGUCACAGAAUGUUUUUUCCUAUUAUCUCCAUUUAUCUUCUUUUUUUCUGUGAUAAUUUGGAGAUGUCCUCAAAAAGCAAUAUAUUUAUUUCUUCUGUGGCUGUAUGAUAUAUUUAUUGGAAAGGCUGUAACAAAAUCAGUGCAACAUGUUAUCAUCAAGAGCAAGGAAGAAAACGGAAAGAUAUUGAUAAUGCAUUACGGCAGUUUUGCUAGUGGGCAUUAUCACGAUGGAAGAGUAUAAAAAGUGGUGUUUUGUUUAUAAAAGAGUAUUUUUAUUGCUAUUUUGUUGUAAAGAGGAAAGAAAUGUAUAAGCUUGGAUUGUAUUUUGUCAUGGGAGCUACCUGGUAGGUUUUCAUCAUUUCAUUCAACGAAUGGCAACAUGUUAACAACUUGGUUGGAGAAGUUUUUGUUUUUUAUGUAGAAACAUUGUUUUGUCAUUGUUUGAGUCCUUUCUACUUUCUUAAAUUGAGCUCUGAAGCUUGCACUGAAUGUUUUCUGAACACUGGGGUCUAUUGUAUCCGAAUUAAGUUAUUAAAAGUACGGCGAAUACGUCAGAAUGAGCUGUGCUUUCAGAGAACUUUCAAGUGUAAAACCUUCAGAAAUUCUUCAGGACAAAAACACAACAGGGCCCGACACAAAUGUCAGAGAGAGUCAACUAUUCAUGUUUCAAAUAAGGAAUCAUUUCAAGAAUCCUCAUUACCCCCACCUAACCCCCUUGUCUUAAAUUGUAUUAUUGCCUAAGACUGUGGUGCAAGGAUAGUUCAAGAAAGAAAUCCAUGGAAUUUGUUGUUGAGAUACUCUCGCCCCAAAAGGAUGAUAAUUCUAUUCUGGAUCUUUAUUUUAUGCUCUUACUGUAUGUAUAUUUUUGCUCAUGUUUACUGCAAACCAAGAUAGAUAAAUAAAUAAAUGUCAUUUAAGGGAA